UUCGGCGCCUUGUAGCGGGGCGUGGCGGGGAGCGGCGACCGGCCGGCCGGCCCGGAAGUGACGCGAGUGCGGGCGUUGACGCGAUUUUCCCGCGGUUCGGGCGCCGGGGAAGGGAGGGGAGCGAAACUAAGCGGAGCCCCUCGGUGGCCGUUUGUACGGCGGGGGCCCAACGGUCGCCAUGCCGCCCAAGCCCCUUCGCAGGGCGGGCGCCGCCAGGAGCCAGCGCACCAGCCCCGAGGGCGGCGCCGGCACCGCCUCACCGCCCGGCGGCACCCGGCUGGAAGUGGGGGAAGCGGAGUUCGUGGCUCUCUGCGAUGCGCUGAAGGCGUCGGACAGUGUGAGGGAGAAGGCCUGGAGGACGUACGAGGGCUUGGCGGCCGCCGACGGGGCUCCGGUGAGUGUGGGGGGCUGCGGUCCGCUCGGAGCGUUGCCCGGCGGCAUCGGGAUCUGCUUGGGGUGACGGCAGAGUGACACA